AUGGCGGCGGUGUUCGAACACCAUAACCGCGACCCCCUCGCAGGUGCUCCGGUCAACUCUGCGUCCAUCACACCACCGCAGAGUGCUAACGGAAAGAAAGACGCACCUGAAGGGGUACCCUCCGAAUUAUCAGACCUUGAGCUUGAUGCCAAAUCAGCAACCGCACAGGAUGAGAUCCCCAUAAAGACCGAGGAAAAUGGAGAACCGGGACCAGAAGAAGAAAUCGAACCUGACCAUUACUAUGGUGGUGGAAAAAUUCCUGUAUUCAAGCCUACAAUGGAUGAAUUCCGUGACUUCCAAUCCUAUGUCAGCAAGCUUGACAAGUAUGGAAUGAAAGCUGGUAUUGUGAAGGUGAUUCCGCCAAAGGAAUGGCUCGACGCCCAAAAGCCGCUGGACGAGCAAGUGAAGUCGAUUCGCGUGAAGAACCCUAUUAUGCAAGAAUUCCACGGGUCACAUGGCACCUACACCCAAGCCAACAUUGAACGCCAACGGACCUACAACCUCCCCCAAUGGAAAGCAUUAUGCGAGGAAAGCAGCCACCAACCGCCCGCUCGCCGUGGAGAACGACGUCGCAACCAGGAAAGAUCAAAUCGAGGGGCUACUCCACGGCCUCAACCUGCAGAUGGCCAGAAGCGUAAACCUGGCCGUCCCCCUAAGCAAACCAAUCCAGUCAAAAUCAAGGAAGAACCAACAGAUGAGGCAGAAAGUUCCAAGUCUGAAGGUCCUCCCACGCCCGUAUCGCCUGAAACAAACCCUAUCGAGACCAAGAGCGAAGACUUGAGUGACGGAGAGUCUCUCCCAGCUACGAAACCCAAGGGAAGACAGCCCAAGUCUGUCACAUCACGACGGAAGAACAACCGCGGAGAAACCGUGGAUCACAUUGAUGAAGCAGCGUUCGAAAGCUUUGAUUAUCGCAUUCAUGAUCAUGAAGAUUACACGGCAGAAAGAUGCGAAGAACUUGAGACUUCGUAUUGGAAGUCGCUGAUGUACAACAACCCCAUGUACGGUGCGGAUAUGCCCGGCUCUCUCUUCGAUGAUUCGACCACUUCCUGGAACGUGGCCAAGUUACCCAACUUGCUUGAUGUCCUUGGACAAAACGUGCCCGGUGUCAACACAGCCUACCUCUAUCUAGGAAUGUGGAAAGCUACCUUUGCUUGGCACUUGGAGGAUGUGGAUCUCUACAGUAUCAACUACAUCCACUUCGGUGCGCCCAAGCAGUGGUACAGCAUCUCCCAGGAAGAUGCCCCGCGCUUUGAGGCUGCGAUGCGGAGUAUCUGGUCGAGUGAUGCCAAAAGCUGCGACCAAUUCCUGCGGCACAAGACCUACCUGGUUUCACCAAGUCUGCUCAAGUCACAGUAUGGCAUCACCGUGAAUCGUUUGGUUCACUACGAAGGAGAGUUCGUCAUUACUUUCCCCUACGGAUACCAUUCUGGGUACAACCUCGGGUACAACUGUGCUGAGUCGGUCAACUUCGCAACCCCAAAAUGGCUAGACUAUGGUCGAGUUGCCAAGAAGUGCAAUUGCGAAGCAGACAGCGUCUGGAUCGACGUAGAUGAGGUCGAACGCAAACUGCGUGGUGAGGCUACCCCCGAAUACUUUGUCGACUACGACAGCGGCUUUGAGGGCUUCGAUGGGGCUUCAGAUCUUUUAACCCCUCCACGCAGCGUACCUGGGAAAACCUCCACCCGUGGCCGAAAAAGGAAAGAUGCGGGUGACGGGCCGAGGACCAAACGCCCUAAGCUCCACCCCGAAGGUCCGCGGAAGAUCCCGUGCCUCCUAUGUCCUAAUGAUCUUGACUACGAGGAUCUACUGCCAACGGAAGACGGUAAAUCCCAUGUACAUCGGCGAUGCGCAGCGUUUAUUGAAGAAACCAGCAUUCUUCGGGAUGCUUCCGGCCAAGAGGUGGUAUGCGACAUUGACAAUAUUCCCAAGGCUCGUCUGGGUCUGAAAUGUCUCUUCUGUCGCGAGGUUCGUGGUGCCUGCUUCCAGUGUAACUUUGGAAAGUGUACUCGUGCCUACCAUCCGACCUGUGCUCUUCUCGCAGGUGUUCAAGUUGAACACGGUGCCAUUGCUGUGAAUGCCGAUGACGGAAAUCAAUAUGCGCUACCUAGCGUGGAUCUCAAGUGCAAGUUCCAUCGUCAGAAGCGGCCGUCCGGCCUUAUGAAAGAAUUGGACCAUGAACGUUGUGUGAUUGAGGCGGCUCGUCGUAUGGUGCCAGGCGCUCUGAUCCAGCUCCAGGCCGACAAGGACAUCAAUGGUGCCAUCGUUCUCCAGAAUCGAUACGAAGAACGAACUUUGUUGGUUAAAAUCCUCCCAAGAGGAGACUUAAUUGAGAUGCCAUAUCGCUGGAUGCUGGUAGUGCGUAAAAGCAAUUUUGCGCCCCUUGCACCGGGAAUUCAGGCCCUCCCGGCCCACUUGGCGCGAAAGCCUGAAGGACGAAAGGACCUAGAGGUUGCGGUACCGGUCGCUGGUAGCGCCUUUGGCAAUGGCCGAUCUCAUCACCAGUGGGCCGAAUUCCAGACAGUGGAUGCAGCUAGGAUUCAAUUCGCCCCACUGACUCCGGUCGAUUUGGCCCAACCCGAAAAAUUGUGGCAUUACUUGGGCGCCCUGUCCACCGAGAGUAGGGCACAGUAUACGCACAACCCUAGCGUGCUCAUCCACAACCCGCGGGCCAAUUUCCUCGACAGCGUCAAGUCGCUUGGCGUGGCUGGAGUCAGUGCUCGUGCAUUGAAGAUCUCACCCCACCAUCAUUCCCAUGCUGUUACCGCCCCUGCCCCUCUUUACCAGCAAAAUCUUUACGCCCAACACCGACCGCAAAUACAAGUUAAACACGAACCUCUUCCAAACGCCCAGCAAACCCCUCACCUACAAUCCCGACCGCCCUGCUCUGCCGCCUCCCUGCAGACCCUUGCCCCUCCCCCUCAUUCUGCUCCUUCCACCGGUGCUGCUGCUGCUGGUCCUGCGAUGCCGUCGGCAUUUCGAACUUUACCGAAUCAAUCUGCCCGCCAUGCCCCGUACCCUUCGGUCACCAAGUCGCACGUUCAGCAGCAGCACCACCUCCCCGCCACCAAUACCUUUGCCAACGUUCGGGAACUCAUCGCCCGUCGGCGCCUCGCCCAGAUUACCGACCACGCCAAUGUCUUCGCUGGGUAUACGAUCGUUGGCCCCGAUGUGGUGGUAGAGACUCUGCUGGGUCCUAUGGGAUCUAUUCCUCCGGCCAAUGGACUCGAGAAACUCGAAUUGGCCAUGGCCCAGCAGCGGGUGCAGCCGCGGGCAGCCGAUGGCACUCUGCUACCGCCCCAGACCCUGAACAUGCGAUCGGAGGAGGUCACUCGACUCCUCAACAUGCUUCGCUUCUCCUUGGUCAGCCACCGCGAGCGCUUAGAUGUGAUCCAGAGAAAGGAGUCGGAAGGCAUCAAGAUGGAGAUCGUUGAUCGGGGAAGCGUGGCUGCGGCUAAAAUGCCCGGUAAAUACGCUUUCCUCGACCAGCAGCGGGAACUGGUCCCCAACGUGUACCAAUCUCCGUACAACAUGCCCUCGGGUUUGUCUGAAUAUGCCAAGGUCACAUACGGGUUACUUCCAUCACCUGAAGAGCCGCCGAAAUCGUCCCUGGCAAAUGAUUUCUUUGCCCGUCUCUCCCCAGAGCAUCAAGAGAAGAUCAUGAAGACCUGCGGUAGCUUUGUGCAGCGGGCCAUCGAACGUUCGGCCAGCCAUAGUAGGCACAGUUCGGCAUCAAAUCUUCGACUGUCGUCAGCGCUCGCCCAGCAGACGGAAAACCCGACCAUCGACAUCACCACUGUCGAUGAUCCCCCCCUAUCCGGUCUGGAUCUGCCCCUUCACGCCGAUUCACCAUGCUCGAGUUUCGGUCGGUCGCAUCUGCGGCUCCAUUCACCACACGACUUCCCAAUCCACGGUCCUGAUCCCCAUCCCGAUCAUCACGAUCUUUUUGGGGACCAGCAGGCCAAUACCCGAUUUUGGCAGAACGGGCCGUGGGUCGCUGGCGAUGGUAAUACCCCCAACGACGAGAAGGGACCAUUCUUUGGCCCCCACGAGCGACUCAAGCACGACUAUGCAUCUUCUGACAUUUCCUUGGGCAAAGGGCCAGGCUCGUUACACUCCGUUGAUAUGGCCGGUUUCGGCUUUGACGGACCUGAUGAUCUUGUUGGGGGACUCAGUCCCUAA